AUGAGAAGAUACAACACUGAAGAGAAAGGUAAAGGUAAAGUCUCUGAACAGAACCGACCGAGGAUCAGAAUCCGAACAUCUGACCUUGACACCAGUAGACUCAUCAGCGAGAAUGCGCUCACCCUCAUAGGAAGGGUCACAAACCGCAGGGAGCAGAAUAUAGCGCAAAUCAGAUUCCAAGAUGAAAGGGACAUGCGUACUGUACUGGCUAACCGACCAUAUCAAUAUGGUCACUGGAUGAUCAUCCUACAGCAAUGGGAGCCUAUUAUCUCGCCAUCCUUCCCCUCUCAGAUUCCUUUUUGGAUAAGCCUAAAAGGCAUUCCGCUCCACUUUUGGGACGAGAAGACCAUACGAGACAUUGGUCAGGAGCUGGGAGAAUUAGAAGACUACAUCCUCACAAAAACUACAGCUCGGGUCCGAGUAAUGAUGGAUGGAUUAAAACCACUGCCUCAAGAAUCAGUACUUGAGUUCUCUGCUGGAGAAGAAUGUAUCAUAGCGUUGGAGUAUGAGAAACUAGAAAACUUCUGCACGAACUGCCUGAAACUCUCACAUCUCGAACGCAACUGCACGGAGAAGCUGCCUUCAGAGGCAAAUGACAACUUGAAGAAAGAGAACUCGAUCUACUCUGCCGACGGCCCUCAAAGAACACACCAGCCUGCGAAGCACCAAUACUCUCAGCAUCAACGCAUGGAGAGAUCACCUCCUCCCCCACGUUACCAAAGAGAAGCAACAGCUUUCCAUCAACGGGUGGACCGACAUGGAAAUCCUUUCGGAGAGCGAGCAACUAUUUAUCAAUCCAGAGCUCUACCCCUCAGGAACAAGAUCACCCCAGCCUUGGACCGAGAGACUACUGAAUGUCCUCAUCAGAUAAGGAGGCCUACUCACCGGAUUGAAGUAUCUGAGACAUCCCCCCAAUAUUCUACUCGUAGAACAGAGCCAUCCCGAGGACAUUUGAACCAGAGCCACAGAUCCCCUAUUGAGCUACCCGAAGGACACUUGAACCAGAAAUGCAAGUCUCCUCUUAAGCAGCAGUGGCAGAUUAUGCCGCAACAUACGGCUGAGAGUAGUAAGAAAGACUCUGGACCGGACCAGAGUAGACCCCCACUGGAAAGGAACUUAGACAAAGAAGAUUUCCCCCCACCUCAAGCUCCCCUACCCCCACCACCACGAUCAACUGAAGAAGUCAUGGAAGAGCUGAGGGAGGUCACUUACCAAUACACCAACGUGGCGGACCCCGUUGAGAGUGCUGCAAGGAGACAAAGAGUCCUUAACGGGGAAGUUCAAGGCCUCAUGGAAUCGACAGCUGCAUCUAUUGUGGAAGCUGAACAAGCAGCGCAACAAGCUUACCUUGCAGCUAGAGCAGCAGAGGCACCGAAUCACAUUGCCGCUAUCUCCGCAAACAGAGACACUCCGUGGCUAUUCACUGGUGAUUUCAAUGAAAUCAUCGAUAACUCCGAGAAGAGUGGUGGACCUGUUCGAGCUGAGGGUUCUUUCUCCACCUUCCGUACCUUCUUUUCUAAUGGAGACUUAUUUGACUUGAAGCAUUCUGGGAACUUCCUCUCUUGGAGGGGAAAGAGACACAAUCACUUGAUUCAUUGUAGGAUGGACAGAGCCAUGGCUAAUAGCUCGUGGUCUGAUCUUUUCCCCUCGGGGAGAUGCCACUACUUGGAGUUUGAGGGUUCUGAUCAUAGGCCCAUCGUCACCUACAUUGAUCCGACUAAGAAAAAAGUAGGCAGGCUUUUUCGAUACGAUAGACGCCUCAGCAACAUCCCUGAAAUCAAACGACUGAUUACAGAAACAUGGGAGGCCAUCCCACACCUGUCGGUGGAAAGUCGACUCUCAAGAUGUCGACAGACUAUCUCUACAUGGAGCAAGCGACAGUUCGCAAACAGCAAAAUGAUUAUUGAGAGACUGAAGGCUGACAUCGAGACUGCUAUGUCCGAUACGGCAGGAGAUGAUACCCUUAUCUCUAGCCUCAAUCUCGAGCUACUCAAAGCAUAUAAUGAUGAAGAAGAGUUUUGGAGGCAAAGAAGUCGACUAAUGUGGCUGGCAGCUGGAGAUAGAAACUCAGGUUAUUUUCAUGCAAUCUGCAAAGGGAAAAGAGCCAGGAAUCGCAUUACUGUCUUAGAGAAUGAUGCUGGUGUUGCCUUGUAUGAGGAGUCACAUAUAGUUCAGGAGAUAACUUCUUACUUCCAAACUAUAUUUACUUCGAAUGAUACAUCAAUUUCUCGCUUUGAACCAGCAGCAGUAGUUGAACAAGCGCUACGCCCGUGCAUCUCAGAGGAGACUAAUGAAGGACUGAUCAAAAUACCAUCACUCGAGGAGAUACGAAUUGCUAUGUUCUCGAUCCAUCCGGAUAAAGCGCCCGGGCCCGAUGGGUUCUCAGCUUGCUUCUUUCAAUCAAAUUGGGCAACGGUUGGGCCUAUCAUCGCCAAGGAAACACAAGACUUCUUCAGGAAUGGUUCACUCUCAGCGCACAUUAAUGAGACUCAUGUGAGACUCAUACCGAAAGUUCAGAGUCCGAAGCUGGUUUCAGAGUACAGACCCAUCGCUCUAUGUAACGUGGUUUAUAAUCUGAUCUCGAAGAUCCUCACUCUACGACUUAAGCCGAUUCUACAUGGGAUUAUCUCGGAAACUCAGUCUGCGUUUGUACCAGGACGAGCGAUCUCGGACAAUGUGCUCAUUACACAUGAGACUCUACAUUAUCUCAAGACUUCCAAUGCUGUGAAAAGGUGCUCUAUGGCAGUAAAGACAGACAUGAGUAAAGCCUAUGAUCGGCUUGAAUGGGACUUCAUUCAGCUUGUUUUGGAACGACUAGGAUUCCAUAGCAUCUGGGUUUCGAGAAUUAUGACCUACAUACGGACGGUCUCUUACUCGUACUUGGUGAACGACUCGGUCCAGGGAUCAGUGGUUCCUUCAAGGGGGAUCAGACAAGGCGAUCCGCUCUCACCCUACCUCUUCAUACUCUGCAGUGAAGUCUUAUCAAGACUGUGUAAGAGAGGACAAGAAGCAGGGCUGUUGUCUGGGAUUAGAGUUGCUAGAGGAGCCCCUCGUAUAAACCACCUCUUAUUUGCGGACGACACAAUGUUUUUUAUGCAAUCUGAUGAGAAGAGCUGCAACACCCUCCACCUGAUCUUACAGAAGUACAAAGCGGCCUCCGGGCAAACGAUCAACACAAACAAAUCAUCCAUUACCUUCUCGGCAAAAACAACCCAGGAGACUCGAGCUAGAGUCAAAUCUCACCUUGGUAUUGCAAGAGAAGGAGGAGUGGGAAAGUAUCUUGGUCUACCCGAGCACUUUGGCCGGCGGAAAAGGGACUUAUUCUCGUCGAUUGUUGAUAGGAUUAGACAACAGGCGAGCGGCUGGUCAACCCGGUUCUUGUCAAGUGCGGGCAAGUUGACUAUGCUGAAGGCGGUCUUGUCAGCAUCUCCAACACAUGCCAUGUCUUGCUUUGAGUUACCCAUGAGCCUGUGUAAGAGGAUCCAGUCUGUGUUAACGCGGUUUUGGUGGGAUGGGAAUGAUAAUAAGAGAAAGAUGUGCUGGACAUCUUGGACUAAAAGGGCAAAACCGAAGAAACUAGGAGGGUUGGGUUUUCGGGACAUUCAGCUUUUCAACAAAGCCCUUCUAGCUAAGCAAUCUUGGCGAGUACUUACAAAACCGGAGUGUCUUCUCUCUCGGGUGUUAAGAGGGAAGUAUUAUCACAAAGCCUCCUUCCUCACAGUUAAGGAAUCGGCAGCUUGCUCCCAUGGUUGGCGUGGUAUCCUGCAUGGAAGAGACCUACUAGCACCGAGCGUCGGCAAAGCGAUAGGAGAUGGAAACACCACUAGAAUCUGGAAGGAUGCAUGGAUUAAGACUGGUGAGCUCGUCAGGCCUAUAGGACCAGCAAGGGAAGAUGAACUCGAUAUGUAUGUCUCUGACCUUCUCCUCCGGGGAACUAAUGAUUGGAACCAACCGAAGUCGGGGUACUUCGAAGCGGUCAAACACCAAGAGGCUGAGGAGGAUAUGCAGAACCAUCAACUUCCUGAUCGCCUUCAGAACUUCAACUGGAUCAAGAGCAUUUGGGCUGUUAAAACGGCUCCAAAAAUCCAAGUUUUCCUCUGGAAGGUUUUCCAAGAUGCUCUACCUUUGGGCGUGGCUCUGCAAAGAAGAGGAAUUUUGACGCAUCCAGUAACGUGUGCACGGUGCGGUGAACCUGAAUCUGCGGACCACCUAUUCCUGCAUUGCCGCUACGCUAAGAGAGUUUGGAACAAUCUCCCAACCACGAGACCGCUCGACCUUCGAGCAACGGUUACCUUCGCUACCACGCUAGAAUCAUCGUCUUCCCUGGUUUGUCUUCCACCUACGGGCGUCUAUGUUAACAUCUUCUCUUGGGUUUGCUGGUGCAUUUGGACCGCAAGAAAUCAACUGGUCUUCGAGAACCGCAAUCUUAGCCCAGAAGAUAUCACCUCCAACGCCCUAAGACUAGCACGUGAGUGGCAGCAGGCACAACCCCUUAAGGUCAACGAAACAUGUACACAACACAACCACAACGGCUAUACAUCGACUGAAUAUGCACCUCUGUAUACGGACGCGGCUUGGAGAGCACAAGAUAGACGCGCAGGCUGUGGCUGGAUCAUCCAGACCUUACGCCCGGAAGAAACAAGACAAGGCGUCUCAACAGAACGGUUCGUUGCAUCCCCCUUGAUGGCUGAAGCUCUAGCUGUGCGAGAAGCCCUGCUACAAGCCAAAGCUCUUCAUCUACCCAAUAUCUGCCUCAAAUCAGAUAAUCAGGUGCUCAUCAAAGCGCUAAAUUCGAAUCAACAUCUGGUGGAACUCUACGGAAUCAACUUGGAUAUCGAAAAUCUAUCUUCAUCCUUCUCUACUAUUGUGUUUACCUAUGUCCCUAGGAUCUUUAUUUCUGCUGCGGAUGCUCUGGCUAAAUCUGCUUUGCAUGCCUCGAACUCUUAG